UUUGUACAUUGAGGUAGAAAAACACAGCUGUUCACAACCUGCACCACAAGAGGAACAAUCUAUAAUCUUUAACGGCACUUUGGCUGCAGCUAUAAGUGUGACGACUGUUGAAACCCCCGUACUGCAGAACUGGGUGAAUCAUCCAGAAAACAUGGAAGAUUUUCCUCAUCUGUGUGGAAAUGAGGAUAUAGAGGAGGAGUAUGUGGAGGAAGAGCUGGAGAACGUUUAUACAGAGGAAACUAAUGCGACCAAAGUGUUGGCCAAGUCUCUGCCCCCAAACCUUCACAAACAUCGGAACAAAGACUCAUUUUCUUGUCAGCACUGCAAGAGACAUUUUACCAGCAGACAAGGUUUGGAAAGGCACAUGCAUGUGCACGACUUUACAAACAAGGCACACAGGCACAAAAGCAAUAAGGGCAGAGUGUCUUUUGGUACGGAUUUAGGUCAAUCCCAGCAGAAGCAGAUAAAGCUUGCACAGCAUCACACUUCAUCCCUCUCCAGCUCAGAAACCUCGACUUUGUCAACUGGAGGCCUCACAGCUCAGCCAGACAAAUUGGGAACAUCAAAAGGAUGGCAUGUCUGCAAGUAUUGUGAUAAGACAUUUUGUAAAUGUCUCAAAAAGAGACACCGUGAGAGUAACAUCCAUGAUCAACACCUCAAGUGCAUAUCUUUAAAAACAAAACUGUCGCUUCCCCAUGAGGGAAACAACCAGAUGAUGAUCAGUACAACUUCUCAAGAAGAAAGUGAGCAAGGUGAGACAGCAUCUGCCGCCGGUGCUGGUGUGCAAGCUGAAGUCCAUCAAGGUGGACGUUACAUGUUGGAUGUCUCUAGUGAUAUUUCUGAGAACCUCAGCUUUUAUAUAGAUGGAAAGAUUGUGUCAACAAGCACAGUUAGUAGUUGUGAAGCAGCUGACACGCAUGCAGGGUCCUCAGCCUUAGUUGGACUGGAGUCCCUUGUUCUUGAUGCUGCUCAGAUCAGCCAGCUUUUAAACACAGAUUCAGUUUCAGGCAAAGAGAUGAGGAGAAGAACAGCAACGCCACCCAUUUUACCACAAAUUAAAACUGAACUGGAGUCCGAGGUGGUGGUGUCUUCAUCCUCAUCGUCACUUGUAUCUUCUUUACUGGAGAGCGUGUUCCCUCAGAAUACAGAAUCCACAGUUGUGCCAAAGGAAAGAACAGUGUUUCUAUCUCCAAAACUGAAGCAGCUCCUGGAGAAACAGGAUGGCCUCCAGCCAACGCUGGCGCUCAUCACAGAUGGUCAGAAGGCUUGUUCACCUGUCUCUCUGUCUGUGUUACCUGCUGGAACAGGGGCAUUUAAAAGGAGGACUGGCUCACCAUCCGGCUCUCUGCAGCCGAACCUGUACGAAGAAGAAGCAGAAGCGGUAGAUGAAGGGGAUGGUGGUCCUGAAAGUACAGUACAGAUGGAGACCCAUCACAGCUCGCCUGGUCAUAUAGCAGCUGACGAGAAGGAUGAAUCUCCAUCUGCAGUAGAACCAGCAAUGAAUCUGGUUUCUGCGGAGAGCUGGUCUCCCGUGAUUGGCGGUAAUUCCUGUAACCAGCAACCGUUAGAUCUCUCCAAUACUGUGAAAAGAAAUGAUGUGGCUUUGGCUGAUGCUGUGCUGGAUUUGAGUUUGCAGAGGAAGUGCCUUGGUGAAUUUGAGCUGUCAUCAAAUUUGAUUUCACAAGAAGGAAUCCCUAAUACCUGCAUAGUGGACAAUACCUUAAUAAGUGACUACAACAGUAUUAACAUUACAGAUCAAAACCUCAGCAUAGGGAAUGCCCCUUUAGUGACAGACUUUGCGAUAGUCACGGGUACAGACAUGGUGACCCCAGUAGAGCCCGUUACAGAAGGACUUGUCUAUGGACUUGCUCUGCCCUCCCCUUCUUUGACUCCAUCCACCUCUAUGACACCUGUUGCCCUGCAACCAGCUUCAUCUUGCACUAUAGCGUUUACUCCCCCACACACAGUGCUCCCUAAUCCUCCUCCAUUAAUCACAGUCUUGACACCACCAAUUCCUCCACCCCUCUCGAGCACUUCAAGCCAACCAAUCCAGGUACUGGCCCCAAAUAUAUCCCCUGAACCUUUGGUAAUCUGCACUGAAAACACUUUAAAUUCUCAAGAGUGUGAUUUAAGCACCGCAUUUGGUGCUACAAAUCCGGCAAAUCUGGUCACUCUUUCCCAACCCUUCGACCCGACAGUAAAUCUGCCGGGCCACGUGUUUCUCACUGAUCAAAUGGCUCUUAAUCCACCUAUAGUUGAAGUCGCUUCUGGAUCAGAAAUGCCAUUUGCCUCGACUUUAACUUUAAACAAUUCCCUCAUCAAUUCCUACAAUAUUACCAGCAAUGCUGUUUUGAUAGAGUGUACCAUAGCCCUGGAAGCUCCGGGGAGUGUUGCCCAUAGUCCAAUUACCUUACAAGAAAACACUGUUGAGCCUCCAGCAGCUGCACAGAUGGUUGUUAACCACACAGAACAGCAACAGAUUGUAUCAGUACCCAACCCUCAGACUGUGGAACCCACUGUCCUUGUUUCCUCCAUUGCAGAAUCGGUAAGUCUAUCCACCAACACCCCAUCAAUGCCUGGCUCUCCGACAGGGGGUGAAUCAAGUCCAGAUCCCGAAUCUGUUUUCACUGCACAGCCGCCAGCUACAAAAGAUGAUGAUGCUGAGCAUUCAGUUUCCAUACCUGAAAUCUCAGAGGAAACCUCUGCAUGUUGUGAAAAAGCAGAAGAAGAAUCCCCAAAUGAAAUGCCCAGUGAGAUGGAGCAGCAGACCUUCACGAAGAACUUUGUCUGCAAUGUGUGUGAUACACUCUUCCAUUCAAUGAAAGAACUGGGUCAUCAUGUGGGUGACCACGCAGAUGAAUGGCCCUACAAAUGCGAGUUCUGCGUGCUGCUUUUUGAAAAGCCAUCUGCUCUACUUGACCAUCGAUCCAGCCUCCAUGGUGUGGGCAAAAUGUAUGUUUGUAGUGCAUGCUCAAAAGAUUUUGUCUAUCUUUGCAAUUUGAAACAGCAUCAGGAGGAAUUGCAUCCUGGCCAGCAGUGCACAUAUGAAGAAGACGAAAAGGGAAAACUAAGACCUCAGAACUUCAACAGCUCCACAAAAGUCAGCGUGGAUCAUUCAGUGACCAGUACUUUAGAAGAACCCAAGAAAUUGGUUAAAAAGGAAGAAGCUGAAGUAGACACAGCUGCUGAAGAACUCCUCACAACAAUAAAAAUCCUGGCCUCAGAUGGAGGCAAGCUCAAAGGGCCCGAUGUCCGUCUUGGGAUUAAUCAACUCUAUCCCAGCUUUAAGCCUCCUCCAUUUCCAUACCAUAACAGGUCACCUGCCGGCACACUGGCGUCUGCCACAAACUUCACCACCCACAACAUCCCACAGACCUUCAGUACGGCUAUCCGCUGCACCAAGUGCGGCAACAGUUUUGAUAAUUUGCCAGAACUCCACAAGCACAUCCUGGCUUGUGCAAAUGCCAGUGACAAAAGGCGCUACACGCCAAAAAAGAAUCCCGUCCCGCUUCGCCACUUCGCAAAAGCUCAGAAUGGAGUGUUGGCGAACACAAAUUCUGUUAACGGGCAAAAUGCUGCAUCCAGAGGCAGCCAGCCAAAUAUUGCCAAAACUAGCCAAGAAUCAGUGGAUAAGAUUAUGUUGAAAGCUUUGAAGAAAAGGAAGAGGAGGUUGAUCCACAGAGCAAUGUCGCCACGGAACAAGUCGGUCCCUUCAUCCAAUAAAGUGUCAGCUGCGCGAAGAGAUGAGCAACGGGAGCCGUUUGUCUGUCCACACUGUAAGAGGGAGUUCACACUGCGCCGCAGCAGAACCAAACACAUGAGCGUCUGUCCUGACAAACCUGAAGAAACCAAGAAAAGAAAAGAGGCCGGCGUCUCGCUCACCAAGGAAAAUAAUGGCCACCUGCAUAGAUCUGUUUCCAAUACCGAAGACAAGCGACACGUCUCUGCCCACAAUAAAACCAGACUGCGGACCUCCAGUGCUACGAAAAGACCUGCUGUUCUUCCUGGACAAACUGUCUUUGCAAACAAAAGAAGCAAAAUAGUAAUUAAAGAAAGCACCCAGUCAAACCAACAGGUACCUGCCUUAAAUGAACUUCCCAUUGUUUGCACUUUCAACUCCCCCGUGCGCCAGUACACCAGAGUGCAGCACAGUGUCAAAGAAACACCAAUUAAGAUCACCAUAGUGAAACCACAGAAACCUGCCGUGCAGAAGGAUGACCUGCCGUCCACCCAAAGCCGAGAAGCCGCAGCUGGAUCGGUUACCAGCAGCUCUAACCAGAGCAGCUCAGCGUGAAGGAAGUUCAGCCUGCCAGCAUGGAGCUGCAGGUUCCUGUUGAAGGGUGUCAUUGUACAGAUGCAGACGGAGAUAACUGCAGUGAUCCACGCUGACAUUACACUGUAAGAUGACUUGAGGACGGUAAAGCUGACGGACGCUGAAGUCGGAUGCUUUUGUAGUAGCUCGGAGGUUUGCAUUUUUCCAUCUUGUAUUCUGUCCAACUCUUGGAUUUGCACUUGGAACUGAAUCUGUGAUGGCUGCAUGUCACAGAACGAAGAAUUAACUGCAAGGAACCGAGCCGGAAGGUUGCUGUCACUCUUCUUAUACAUUGGCAGUCGUGUUCAGGCUUCAUUAUUGGCACUCUUCCUUACCUGUUGUCUGCAGGCCGCUUGGUUUAAACUCUGGAUGAUCUACAUUGAAAUAAUUCGGCAUUACGCCAAAUCCGAUAUUGCUCUUUUGGAGCGGAUAAGUACAUGUGAAACAUUGUAGAAUAAAAUGCUGUGACUUUGCCACAUACAAGCUGUUUGGGGAAGUCGGUGCUGCUGCUGAUUAUUAGUGAAGAUUGUGUUUUCAUCCUUGAAGUGAAUGUCACGCUAAGGCUACGGCCUUUGCAAUCCAAACUUGUGGAUUAAGUGUUUGGAUUUUGCAAUGUAUUGCAUGAAAGUUAAUCUCGGAGAAUGAUCCGCUACAGGUGCCAUGAAAUAUAAAUGGCAACUGGCAAAAUGGUAACGUUUCUUGACAAAGGUUGUGGUGGCUCACCUAAAAAAA